GCCGCUGCCGGUCUGCCGCCUCGCUGUCGUCCUUUUCCUCGAACUGCUGAGCCGCCGACUUGGACACCUUCUCGCCCGCUUUCCUCUUCCAGCCAAAGGACGCCAUGUUGCUGGGGUUAUUUGAAAGGUAAAGGCAACUGAAAGCUGUGAUUCUGGGAUUAAAAAAACAAACCGCAGAGACCAUGGGAAAAAGAUACUACUGCGACUACUGUGAGCGUUCCUUCCAGGACAACAUGCACAACAGGAAAAAGCAUCUUUUUGGCGUGCAGCACCAAAGAGCUAAAAAGGCCUGGUUUGAUCAUUUCAGAGGCUAUGCAGAUAUUUUAAAAGACGAACAGGCAAAGAAACCCUGCAGGAAGUUCCUCCAAAGAGGCAUUUGCGAUUUUGGCCCCAGCUGCAGGUUUUCUCACAUGUCCGAGGCAGAGAUGUUCAAUUUGCGAAGGAAGAUGCAAGAUGAGAGACGGCGCUUGGAGGGCUGGGAGGACCCGAGCGAGGCCGAGCCCAGCCUGGACGUGUGGCUGUCCACCAGGGAGAAGAGGAGAAGCGGCCGGGCCAGCAAAGGUCUGCAAGACGAGCGGGAGGAGGACCUGACGCAGAGCGACAUCCCGCCGCAGAUCUUCUCCAUUCCGGAUCUGCCACCCUCGCUGGUGCCGCCUCCUCCAGGUGGCUGGAAAAUGGACAGCAAUGCGAAAUGGGGAUGAUUGAUUGGAUUAUUGAGUUGACAAUAUUAGCUGGAUUAAAAUCAUGCCAUUUUUUUUUUUUUUUUUACAUUUUACAACAUUAAAAAAUUACAAAAAAUCUGCUGAUUUUUGUCAAUAUUUCUAUAUACUGUAAAGUCAUACAAUGUGCUCCAAUGUGAUCUGCUUGGUAAAUGGGAGACAUUCAGUACAAUUAAUUUUUUCUUUGUGCUGAUUGGGCGACGGGGCAACUUGUGCACGCCUACAAACUUCUUUUGACCAAUCAGGGCAACGGAUAAAAAUGUCAUCACAUUGUGGAUUUUAAUUUUUUGUUUUUUUUUUACUUGGAUGUCGUGCAUUCAGACAGCAUUUACAUUACAUCUGUGUACACUUGAUAUGGACAAUUUAACACAAAUAAGUCAGAACUAACACACACACACUCACACACACGUUUAUAUACUGUAUUGCUGAUAAUUUUGCAAUAGAUCCAGCAUUAAAACUACAUUUUUUUUCAAAAGUGCUCCACACUUUUCACAUUAAAUACGACAUUUUGUGACAAAAGGCACCUGACAGAAAUUAUACAUCCACCUUUUUGAGGAACAAUUUCAGACAAAAAAAAAAUUAAAAAUACACGUCGACAUUCACAAUAUCUUUUGCUACAAUCGCGAUUAUUUCUGUAUGUACAUUCACAUCAAACCUGCUACUUUACAUGAUAUGUCUUCAUGAGGAGGUAAUGGCGAAUGGCAUGUCACGUUCCACAAUCUUCAUCAUCAUAUGUACACAUAUUUAUUGCAAGUUGAAGUUCAAACUAAGACGGGGGAAAAACAAAAAUAGAUUCAAGUCUGAAAAGUGCAUGAUCGUUAUAUUACAUAACAGCAUGGAAAACCUUUGAGCGUAUCCCUGAUAUCAAGCUUAAGGUCGAUCCACUCGUACAUUCUUUGCCCUCAUUACUAAUUAGCGCACAAGUGGUCCAUCUGUGUUUCACUAGUAGCACGGAAUUGUCUUACUAGUGCGAAAAAAAGAGGCGCUCAAGCUGGAUAUCAAGUAUAUCGCGUAAACAGCUUUCAUGUCAUCUAAAUAAAUGUGUUUCUGCAGUUUU